GUUAGCCCGGACCGUGCGCGUGCACAGGCGGCGGCGGCAGCAGAGAAGAUCCCCAACGUGAGUGCGAGUCGCCGGCUGAUGAGAAAGUCUCACUGGAGCCUCCAAGCUGACUCUUACCGCCGCGCCCGGAGGACAUGACAGUCACAAUUCGUCCCGGGGUAAUGGCCACCGCUUCGUCGUGAGAGAAAGUCUUCAGAGAAAAUUCCUUGUCCUGCGCUUGACACAACGUCUGAGUCUGCACACCUUCCAACAGCCAGCUUGACUCCGCCCAAAUCCCUGCCACCUGACCCGCUUCGGCUCCCCUGAGAGGGAGAGCGCCGCCAUGGUGCUGUCACAGAGACAACGAGAUGAACUAAACCGUGCCAUCGCUGACUAUCUGCGCUCCAAUGGCUACGACGGAGCCUACUCCACCUUCAAGAAAGAAGCCGAGCUAGACAACAAUGAAGAAAUGGACAAAAAGUAUGCAGGCCUUCUGGAGAAGAAAUGGACAUCAGUCAUCAGAUUACAGAAGAAGGUGAUGGAGUUGGAGUCGAAACUGAAUGAAGCAAAGGAGGAGAUGACACACUGUGGACCAGUGGGUCACAAGAAGGACCCCAAGGAGUGGAUCCCCCGCCCACCAGAGAGAUACGCUCUCAGUGGGCACCGUGCGCCCGUCACGAGGGUCAUCUUCCAUCCCGUUUUCUCCGUCAUGGUCACAGCCUCUGAGGAUGGUACCAUUAAGGUGUGGGACUACGAGGCGGGGGACUUUGAGCGGACCCUAAAAGGCCACACGGACUCCGUGCAGGACAUCUCUUUUGACCAGACCGGAAAGCUGCUGGCUUCGUGUUCUGCCGACAUGAGCAUCAAACUGUGGGACUUCCAGGGUUUCGAGUGCAUCAGGACCAUGCACGGCCACGACCACAACGUGUCGUCUGUCGCCAUCAUGCCCAAUGCCGACCACAUCGUGUCCGCGUCCAGAGACAAGACCAUCAAGAUGUGGGAGGUGGCCACUGGGUACUGUGUCAAGACCUACAUGGGCCACAGGGAGUGGGUGAGGAUGGUGCGCCCCAACCACGACGGCUCCUUGAUCGCCAGCUGCUCCAAUGACCAGACGGUGCGUGUCUGGGUGGUUUCCUCCAAAGAGUGCAAGGCUGAGCUGCGUGAGCACGAACACGUGGUGGAAUGUAUCUCAUGGGCCCCCGAGAGUGCACACCCCACCAUCCUGGAGGCCACGGGCUCUGAGAACAAGAAAAGUGGAAAGCCUGGACCUUUCCUCCUCUCUGGAUCCAGAGACAAAACUAUUAAGAUGUGGGACGUCUGCAUCGGAAUCUGCCUCAUGACUCUGGUGGGCCAUGACAACUGGGUGCGUGGCGUGCUGGUGCAUCCUGGGGGAAAGUUCAUCGUGAGCUGUGCCGACGACAAGACCCUCCGGAUUUGGGACUACAAGAACAAGCGCUGCAUGAAGACUCUGUGUGCUCACGAACACUUUGUCACCUCUCUGGAUUUCCACAAGAGCGCCCCCUACGUGGUGACGGGCAGCGUGGACCAGACAGUCAAAGUCUGGGAGUGCCGCUGAGCCAAGCACGCCCCCCUCAGCAACCCUCAUCUCCACCCCCCCAACCAACAUUGGCCCCGCACCCUGAAGAUGACGAUUAUCCUUUUGUGUAAAUUAUUCUGGAUGUAGGGUACGCUUACUAAAUGUCACACCAACACCAGACGAUCCUUGCAUGGCCGACACCACACCACCUCCUCAAAAGCUACUGUGUGUCGCUUGUUAGCGUUUCCUUUGCUCCGCGCUGCUGCCGUCGUCUGUGUGCACCAGGACAGGAAGUGUACUUUGUUGCGAGUCGACUGGCACUAGCUGGCGUGUGUGCGUCACAGAAGGGUUGCGGGGUAACACACACCUCCCCUCCCACCCCCGAUUGUUGCGUCAUCUUUUAAUUUACUCGCUCCCUCGUCGACACCCACAGGACCUUAACGAGCUGAGCUGCCCACAGCACAAGCACACGCCCCCCAGCAGAGGAAAAAAAGCCUGCUCGUCUAUUUAGAGAGAGAGAGUGUGUAAGUGCGACUGUCGUCCAGUGCUCUCGCUAUCUGCCUUGUUAACCCUUCGAGGGCCGCCUCACACAGGACUUUAAUUCAUUCAUUACUGUGGUCUCACCUUUACACACACACACACACACACACACACUGUACAAGAUGUGUAUCAGUAUAUCUGGAUGUCAUUGUUUGCAAAAUAAUUAAAAUAAAGUAAUGUAAAUAAUCA